AUGACAGGGAGAGAAUAUUUAAGGCUAGAAAAGUUAGGGGAAGGGACAUAUGCUACUGUUUAUAAAGGCAAAGAACAAAGAUCUGGAGAAAUUGUAGCCUUAAAAGAGAUUCAUUUAGAUUCAGAAGAAGGAGCACCUUCUACGGCUAUUCGUGAAAUAUCCUUGAUGAAAGAAUUGAAGCACGCCAACAUUGUUAAACUUAAGGAUGUAAUUCAUACCGAAAGUAGGCUUAUGCUUGUUUUCGAAUACAUGGAUCAAGAUCUCAAAAAAUAUAUGGACACACAUGGAAAUCAUGGAGCAUUAGAACCACACAUUAUUAAAUAUUUUAUGUGGCAAAUGUUACGAGGUAUAGAAUUUUGUCACGAUAAUAGAGUACUUCAUCGAGAUUUAAAACCUCAAAAUCUCUUAAUUAACAAAAAGAGUGAAUUAAAACUUGCGGAUUUUGGUCUUGCCCGUGCAUUUGGUAUUCCAGUUACAACAUUUUCAAAUGAAGUAGUUACUUUAUGGUAUCGUUCACCGGAUGUACUUUUAGGAUCACGUUCAUAUUCAACGUCAAUUGAUAUUUGGUCGGCGGGUUGUAUUAUGGCAGAAAUGUAUACAGGACGUCCUUUAUUUCCCGGAACAACUAAUGAUGAUCAAUUAAUAAAAAUCUUUCGUAUUAUGGGUACACCUACAGAAACCACUUGGGCGGGAGUAACACAAUAUCCAGAUUAUCAUAAACCGUAUCCAAAUUAUAAUCUUCAAGAUAUGACUCAAAUGCUUCCUAUGAUUGAUCCUAAAGGAAUGGAUUUACUUACAAAAUUGUUAGUUUAUGAUCCAGAAAAAAGAAUAACAGCAAAGAAAGCAUUGUUACAUGAAUAUUUUAGUGAUGUUUGUGCACCCGACGGUACACCUCAUAAUUACAAUAUUAAUAAUAUUCAAAUUCCUAUGGGAAUGCUUCCUCAAUUAACUAAUUUACAGAAUUCUAUUCAGAAUAAUUUACAAAAUUCUAUUCAGAGUAAUUUACAGAAUUCUAUUCAGAGUAAUCUACAAAAUUCUAUUCAGGGUAAUUUACAGAAUACAAUUCAAAAUAUACAAAUAGGAGGAAUACCUACCAAUAUACAAAAUAUACAAACAAUUCCAAGAGUUAACGUGCGUAUGGUUCCUUUGCAUAUCCAACCUGUACAACCUGUACAACCAAUACAGCAACAAGUACAACAAUCUGUACAACCUGUACAACAACAACAACAAUCUAGGCAAUCUGUACAACAAAUACAACAACAAUCUAGGCAACCUGUACACCAACAAGUCCAAUCUGUACAACAAACUAGGCAACCUGUACAACAUAUACAACAAUCUAGGCAACCUGUACAACAACAAGUAUUGCCAAUUAUAGGGCAUGCCCCACAACAACCACCACAAUUAAUAAAUGCAUUGAUGGGUGAUGAUAUUCCAUGUUGCAAAUGA